GUGAGGUGUGAUGAGAACCAGAGUGGUGUGUUUGCAGCGUCCAACAUGGAGAUGCCUUCAAGCUGCAGCUUUGAAGACAAGUGCUCCGGUGUGGUCUGCACCCAGACCUGUCAGCUGGGCCGCUUCACGUCUCUGCCAUUCAGACACCAAGGGUUCCAGUUUGAGGACCAUCACGCAGGCUCCAAAACCCGCCCUGUACCUCGGUUUCUCCACGCUGGUGCCCUUCGUGGCUGCCCCCGUCCUCAUGGCGACGACUCAGUCCUUCUACCCGGAGGUGGCGUACGCCCAACUGGUGUACGGCGCUUGCAUCGUCUCCUUCAUGGGGGGCGCCCGCUGGGGUUUCGCCAUACCGGAUGGAAGUCCUGCUCGGCCGGACUGGAAGAACCUGGGCAACAGCGUGGUUCCGUCGCUCUUGGCCUGGCUGGCGCUGCUCUGCAGCCACAAUGUGGCGGCGGGGGUCCCGGUCCUUCUCCUGGGGUUAGGUCUGUCUCUGUACUAUGACCUGAGACUGCUCCCCGGCUACCCCGCCUGGUUCAAAGCCAUGAGGCGUGUCCUCACGCUGGUGGCCGCCUUCUCGCUGGUGGCCACGCUGAUGCUGAAGAAGUUCUGCGCUGAGAAAAAGCUCCAAAGUUCGUGAGUCACCUCGACUUAAUAAAAUGUACCAUUAGUCCUCA